UUAUGGAUUUGCAGACAUGCUCAAAAUACAUGCAACGUCUAUCUUUAAAGUUUAGCUAAAUAUGACAUACUUGUGUUUGAAUCUAACAUUCAAAAUUUUAGGACAACAGUUCAUUUAUUCACGUUGUUUGGACAGCUAGAGAAGUAGUUUUAAGUGUCAUGGAUAAAUGGUGCAACGGAGUGUGCAUUUUUAAAGUAAUGAUUUUGGCUAAUUAUAGAAAGUCUGCAGGAGACCCACAUGUAGGCUCAGUGGUUUAAUAGGUCUCAAUGAUUUCCUUCAUCCAGGUUGCCUCUGCUAUGUCAGGUUCUGGCCAGGAUAUCAAUCCUGCAAUCAGUGGAGGUAGUCAAGAUACGCAAAGUGAAGUGUUGGAUGAUAAAGUUCCUGUCGAAGUUGAUCGACUAGAAACUGACUCUGUAAUCACUGACAAAGACCAUGGAAACGGUGUUCAACAAGAAACUGAUAUAGUCAACAAUGAUGACACACAAAACCUGAAGACUAAGAGUACAAAGCAAACUGAAGAGGACGGGAAAGAACGUGUUGAUAAUACUUCUGUUCAUGACGUGGAUACACCAAGCAAUGACGAAUCAGAUUAUGAUGGUAACUUUGAAGUAACUUAUGAAGAAUCUGUUAAUACAAAUAAUAGUGACGGCUUCAUUGAGAAUCCUAAGCACGAGAAGUCUGAGGUAGAAGAGGAAACUAGUAAGCUGGUAACGGGUAUUGAAGCUGAAAGUGUUUUUAGUGGAAUCGAUGUGCGGAUAGUUGUCACUUCAGCAAGUGAUUUAGAAGACAGCUCUGCUGUUGUAUCUAGUGUUGAUUGUUCGAGUUCAUCUGACGAACCUGACGGUUUAUCUAAUAAAAACGCCGAAGGAAUCUUAGAAUGCACUUCUUACGAAGAGGUUGAAGAUUCGGGAAUAAACAGCGUUGAUGCAUCUGAGCUAAUUGUCACAGAAAGUGUUCAAACUACAGAAAAUACGAGAUCAACUGAUGACGAGUUAGAAGAUGCAUUAAUUAAAGACACUUCAAUUAACAACAAUGAUUUUGAUACAGUUGGACUAGAUCACGAAAUAGUAGGAUCAUAUGGGGCCAACCCAGAAUAUAAUUCAGUGACUGAGCAGUUCAAUGAUAACCCAAAAUUGCAAAAUGAAGAGAUAUCUAAAAGAGAAAACGGCGAGAAAAACGAGCCUGAAGAGGAAAUAGUUGAAAAAGCGACACACGAACUUACAACCGUUAGUUUGAUCAUUCACGAAAACAGCGAUUUAUCGACGGCCUAUUGUGACUCAGACCUUGAAGACAUUGAAAGGGCGAAGGAAGCCUUCAUUACUUGUAUCAAAGAGAAAAGAGAGUUGAGGGAUAAAAGUAAAUCCCGUGAUAUCGACACUGUGUGUACUUUUAAUGAACUGGAUAUUCAUGAGGAUACUAGUGUUAAGGUAACACGGGAUCUUUCUGCUAAAUGUGCAGGAACUCAGAUAAACUUUGAAAAAAUCAAAACCGCAGAAGAACAAUUUGAAACCUUCGACCACAAAGAGACUCCCGAUAGUAAAGAGACGAUAGGAAACUGUGGUAAUACAAGAGAAUCUGGCAACGUAACUCCAACGUGUAACAGUUUUACCAACAGUACUGUCGAGCCCGAGUCCCGGGUUAACUGCCUGGCGAUGCCCGAGGGUCGUGAAGGAGACGGGUGUGUAUCCCCCUCCCUUACACACGCUUGCUGCAGAUACCGCUGGGAAAGGACUAUCUUCACCCAGGCUACCAGCGUCGUCUUUGUCACACUCAACAACAAGGAUAUCGAACCGAUCAAGCUAAGCUGGUCGGAGGGUUCCCGCUGUUUCUACUCGGACGAGGUAAAAGUCCCUGUGGGCGGAUACGUCGGCAACCUGGUGAUUGAUGGCACGUUUUACCCGGUGGAAGACGUCAACGUGAAGCACUACACAUUUGAGGUGGACCUCUACCUCAAAGACGACAUCCUGGAAGAUGAGGGGCGUUCUACAGGAGUUGCGAAGGCGGAACAGUUUGUGAGAGACCAGCAGCAUAACGAGAACCAGGAGACCAACACCGCAGGCAAGGAAGUCACAUAUACCCCUACCAGGGCCAGCAGGAGUUUUACACAUCCUCAAACCAGGGCAGGUAUGGAUACAGGGAAUGGUGACAAUGUGCUAAGCCGGGAGGAGAGUGAGAGUAGCAUUCAUUUGUCUAACAAGUACGAGGACCUUGUUCGAAACCAGCUGACCAGCAGCAAAGGUGCCAUGUCUGGAAAUGAGUCUGAGUCUGAGCUGAGCCAAAGGCUGAAGACGGAUUUCCCGGACUUGAAUGGUAGAGGAACGCCAGUAGGGGAAGAUAGCGUCAAGCAGUACCAGGAUGGGGAUGACACCCUAUUGAAGUCCAUGGACAUGGGACAUGUGUAUAGAUCUGAAAAUGGACUUAACGGAAAUAGCGAAUCAUUUAAGAACUCAUUGUUAGAUGAUUAUCUUGAGAAACGCAGCGUUCAGUCAAAUGACUCACUUGGACGUGGUGGCAAAUCUUCCCCAGUUGUGAUAGACGAUGUGUUAGGCACUGGACAUUCUAGAACACCAAUAUACAGCACAGAGAGCCCAGUUGUUUCCAGGCACAACUCGGCUCACAGUUCUGCUAGGCAUACACCCCUGGACAACAUUGAUCGUCCAGCAUCAGUCAACUCCUUGCAUUCCAAACAUAGCUCAGCACGUCAGACACCAGUGCUCUCUGAUGAUGUGGGGAGACCAGACUCUAGUGCCUCCCAGCCAUCCCGCCACAGCUCUGUCCUAGGCUCUGCCAGACAAACACCCACCGAGGGCCGGGAGCAUGGCAGACCAGGGUCUGCAGAAGGGUCUGUACAUUCAGGGAAUUCUGUAGGCAGACAUGUGCUUGAUGAGCUUAUUACUGAUGCACUUGGAAGGGAGAACAGGUCUCCAUCUAGAGAGGGAUCAACCAAUGGCAGACCAGAGUCUGUAGGUUCCGCUCAUUCUAAUGACUCAAGCAGACAGAGAAUCAAUGAGCUGAUAAAUGAAGCAUUCGACAGCACUCGCCAGGCCAGGUCAGCAUUAUCAGAGAGUUCCGGAACAGGGUCCCAGAUUGGAUCACAGUCAGGGUCCAGACCCCGCACACCCCAGGAGCAGAUAGGGGACGUACUCAGUGCCGCUGACAGGCAUUCUCCAAUAAGGCGGGAUUACUUGAAUGGUUCUCCAUAUGGCUCAAAUAUGUCUGUUACUAGUGCAAAAUCUGCUCAUGAGUCCUUACUUGGCUCUACCCACAGUACCCCUACCCGUGGAUCAGUUCAAGAGUCAAAACACAGCUCAGUGGCUGGGUCUGCCCCAGGGUCCCAACGACAGACUCCUCAGAGGGAACUGAUCCACUCCACCCUAAAUGCAAGCCAGGAGAAACUGUACCAGUCCACAGAUGUCCGUAAGUUAGUUGGCAGUGAUUAUGCAGGCAGCAAUGCCAGCAACCAGGGCUCCCGACCGCAGAGUGUGACAAGUGAGCAGGAACUCACCCAGUACUAUGAAGGGGUUACGGAAGGGGCAAGACAGGGGUCAAGAACUGCCAGUGCUUCCAGUCUGCCUGUUAUAGGAGCCGCACAGAGGUACACCCCAGACAAGCGCAGUAUGACCCCUGAUGGACAUGUGAGGGUCCCUUUUAAUCCUGUAUCAAAGAGCCCCCUGCUGCCACCCCGUACACCACAGUCUAACACCAGCAGUCGAACAGUCACACCCAUGAAUGGUGAAACAGAAUCAGAGAUGAAUCUCCGUGAGCAAAUCAAAGAUCUGGACAGUUUAAUCCUGAAUCUCCGCAAGCAGCUGAACAACCGAGAGCAGGAAAUGAGUGAAGUACGCAAGCUUCUGGAGGAUUCAAGGGAGACUAAUCAGCAUCUGCAAGGCGAGACUGAUCGACUUAGGGCAAGAGCAUCCCCUGGGCCACAGAUUGGCGAGUUGGAGCGUCGUCUGGUUGAGAUGACAGAGGAUCGUGACAGUCUUACCCAGGAGGUUGCCCGUUUAAAGGAGGAGGCAAAGCUGCGGAAUGAGCCCGGGCUCAACAGAUACAACCCAAACAGCCCAACCACUCUCCAGAGGAAGAUAG